AUGGAUCAACGUCUCCAACUCUCUUACCCAGUCGCCGUUUCAGCCUGGUCACCCAAGACUUUGCAAUGCCAGCACUCCGUACCCGCCUUCUCCGUACCAGUAGAGGGAAGCCCCAUUCCUGUACGUCCGAGCUCGUCGGAUCACGGGUCCCCUUACGCCUCUCAACCUCCCAAACUAUACGACCCGACCGACCACGCCGACCUGCCCUCGUACCCUCAACCGGCCUACUCGCAGCAGCAGCAGCAGCAGCAGCAGCCGCAGCCUCCUCCCAUCGACGCCCCCUACGUCCCGUCCCCUGCCUAUUCGGAAUCCGCCGUCCCCAUGGAUCAGCCGACAUACAAUGCCGGAGGGGGGAGGUACUCGCCCCCCCCGCCGUCGUUGCAUCCUUCUAAGCCCAGGGAGAGCUACUUUGGCUUCAUGAGCAGCAAAUGGGCGGCCGUCUUCAUGGGUGCCACGGCCAUUCAGGCUGUCAUCUGCCUGUGCUUUGAGUCAUACGUCUUUGCCGCCUUCCAGCCUACCCUCCGAGAGAACAAGGACCGUAACCUCAGGGACCUCGACUCUCAGUACAAGACCAUCCCCACCUUCCUCUCCCUCUUCAUCUUUGGCUUCCUGUACGAGCUCGUCGUCGUCUGGGACGCCCUGCGUAUGAAGAACACCAUCCAGGUCAUGGGAGUGUGCUUCGCCAACCUCGCCCUCGCCGUCUACACGGCCAUCCAGGUCGACCAGAUCAGCACGUCGCUCGACGUCCUGGAACAGUACAAUGCCCUCAAGUCCGGGUACACGGCCCGGGGCAUCUGGGCUGACAUCCGCCCCUACCUGAUCGCCAUCCCCAGCAUCAUCGCCGUCUCCACCGUCUUCAUGGUCUUCCUCGCCUGGAGGCUGUACCAGGAGUUCGCCUGGGACGUGCUCAAGAUCAUCGGUGCCGACUACCGCAUGAAGAAGCGCUUCCUCCACUACCAGAUCUACAUCGCCCUGCUCAAGUUCGACUUCUUCUUCUUCCUCGGCUUCAUCAUCCAGCUCGUCGUCAUCGUCACCGAGACGAGCGACCCCGAGUUCGCCCUGACCAUUGUCACCAUACCCAUCACCGUCCUCAUCCUCGUCGGCGCCGGCUACUUCACCCGCAUCGAGAACAAGAUCGGCAUGGUCAUCGUCAUCAUCUUCUACCACGGCGGCCUCGUCUACUUCCUCUUCAAGCUCGUCCGUAUCUGGACCUGGCGCUCCUACUACGAGGCCGUCCAGAAGUCCCUGACCGCCUUCGCCGUCAUCACCAUCCUCCUCAUCGUCCUGACCAUCAUCAACGCCGUCGUCUGCAUGGUCAACUUUGGCCGCGGCCUCAAGCCUCACAUCCAAAUGUCCCUCCACAGGCGCAAGGAGGUCGAGGACCCGACCGUCGCCUCUGUUAGCCUACACGACGUCAAGCCUCUAGCUAGCCGAAUGACGAUUGACUGA